AUGACGGAGACCAUUGGAAUUUUCUGUAGGGGACUCCGUAUUCCUGAAAGUCGCACCAAUGAAGGGUGUGAUGCGUUUGGGAAGAAAGGUAAGCUGAACCCACGUUACAUAGGGCCUUUCGAGAUCAUUGAAAGAAUAGGAAAGGUUGCUUACCGACUAGCUCUACCGCCAGAAUUGGCUUCAGUGCACAGUGUGUUUCAUGUAGCAAUGAUCCGGAAGUAUAUCUCGGAUCCAUCGCACGUGUUACAGUAUGAACCUAUCCAGGUUCACGAAGAUUUGUCUUAUGAGGAACAACCAGUCCAAAUUCUAGCCAGAGAAGAAAGGAAACUCAUAAGUCGUAGUAUCCCAAUGGUUAAAGUGCAGUGGAAAAAUCACAAUGUUGCAGACGCCACUUGGGAAGUAGAAGAAGAGAUCAGACAUAAGUACCCCCAGUUGUUCUGA